CGUGCGUCUGCCCGAAACAGAAAUUUCCGUUGACGGAUUAAAUAUCAGAAGCACACCUCCUGGAGAGAGACGCCUUUUGGUUGUCAGGCUGGCGCAAACAGAUUAUUGUCUUUUCUGAGAUCAAUGUGGUAAUAAGUGUGAGAGGAUAGUGUGGUAAACGUCUAACACCAGACACUGUAGUUAUGUACUCGACCAAGGAAGACACCCUAUCCCCAGAUGAGCUAAGGAGAAGACUCUAUCAAACUUUUAAAAACAAAGGAGUGCUUGAUACACUCAAGACACAGCUGCGGAAUCAACUCAUUCAGGAAUUAAAACACCCACCUCUGACUGGAGGAGAACCUGUUCCCAGACCAGUACCGGUGAAAUCUGAACCCCUCCUGGUCUCAGCCUGUAACAGCAUAGUGGCUGAUCAUCUGAGCACCUCAGGGUACGAGUACACCCUUUCUGUAUUCUACCCUGAAAGUGGUCUGUGCAAAGAAAAGGUUUUCAUGAAUGAAGACCUUCUUCGUCUUCUUAAAAUUAGUCCUGAAUCAGCUCUUUACAGAUCCCUGACUUCAAAUAAAGACAACAGUGAUAAAGGGUUCCUGAUCAGCCUUCUGACACAGCUAACACACCAUCACACUCACGGCCACGAUGCUGACACGCAGACGACAUGCAUAGCUAGUUAUGGAGAGUCUCUUGUUGAGAAAAUGAAAAUGAUUGAUAAGCAAUAUGAGAACGUCAGUUACAGCGGGGACAAAUGGUUUUCACUCCAAUCAAAAUUGGCUGAGUAUAGAAAGGAAACUGAAGCACAGGUGCAAGCAGAAAUGAACACAAAGAUGCAACAUUUUAAAGAUGUUGAGAUCGCCAAGGUGAGAAUGGAAGAAAAAUCAAAAUUUCAUAAAGAAUUUGAUAAGCUGAAACAAGAGCUGGAGAGGACUUAUGAAAUGAAGGCAAAGGCACUGAUGGACCGGGAGAAAAAUGCCAUUGAUCGGUUACAAAAACAACAAGAGAUUGAAGAAAAAAAUGUGUACAUGCAGAGACAAUCAGUACUGAAAGAAAUUGAAACACUGCGGACCAGGGAAAAUGAGCUGAGGAUGAGAAUGGAGGCUUUUGAAAAGACUUGUCAAAUUCACGAGGAGAAGGUCAAGACCACUGAAGAGUUGCUGAGGAGGAGAGAACUGGCCGUGAAGACAUUGGAGGACACAUACGACCACAGGCUACAGAAUGAACUUUCCAGGUAUCAGCUUGAACUGAAAGAGGAAUUCAUCAAGAGAACAGAGAAGCUAACAGAGAGUGAGAAUCGAAACAAAGUGGAAACUGCUCGUAUCCAAAAGGAGUCAGCUGUGAUUAAUGCCAAACUAGAGGAGCACAGUAGAGCAUGUUCAGAGCUGAGACGGCUGCAGGCUGAGCUGGACACAGCGCAGCAGCAGAUUUCUCUGCUGACUCAACAGAAGGAGCUGUUAAGAGAAAGAUUGGAGACCAUGAGUGACUAUCCCAGCUUGAAAAGAGAGAAAGCAGAGCUGCAGGGACAGCUGCGCCUUCUAAAGAAACAGCUGGAUGAGGCCCAAGAGGAGAACCGGCUUCUCCAUGCAGAUUUGGGUAAACCAUCCAAAGAGCAGCUGGCAUUACAGAUGGAGCUUCGAAGGCUGCAGAGCGCUCGCAGACUGGAUGAGGAAGAGUUUGUCAACCAGAAACAGGUGCUACAGGCACAGCUCCAGAGUGAGGUGGAACGCUGUGCUCAGCUCAAGGCUCAGCUGAUAGAGUGUGAGGAGAAGUCACAGUGGAUGACUAACCAUGUUGAAGACAUCAAGAUGCAGCUUCGCCAAACACAACAAGCUCUUGAAAAUGAAGUGCUGCGUAACCCCAAGCCCUCUCUUGUUGAUCGCUCUGUGUUAGCGCUCAGUGCUGACAAGCUGGUUCCCCCUGACAUCUAUGUGGACAGAGGUCUGCUGAGGGCCAGGGUGGGUUAUGAUGAUGUUUGUGAAGCAGGUGGCCCCCCGCAAGGACGCAAGUCACCUUGGAGUGACUCUCCAGACUCUGACAUAGAGCUGGUGGCUGAAGCCAAGGCUCGGAUCCAGGAGCUACAGAAGGAGGCUGAAACCUUGGAGGAAGCCUACAGGAACUACCAGCAGAGGGCAGUGCUCUCCACCAUCUCACACAUGCUUCCCCCAAGACCCCUCUCCCCGCAACAACCACAUCCUUCACAUCACCCCAGCUCGCCCCGGAGGAAACAUUCUCACACCCACUCACCACAAAAAUCAAAGGUCUCACGCAGACCUCUUUCUCCCCAAGCUACUCGAAAGGCCUCUUCUGCAUCCUAUGACACGAGAAACACCUUAACACCUGCACAGCCAAGAGUGACCUUCUUAGAAGCCCAAAACCAACCCCAGUCCACAGUUUUCGCUGAGCACAGUCUCCAUUCAUUGACAGAACAUCUGAUUCUAAGAGAUGGACACUCUCAGGAUGAAAGCUCUGCUGUAUCCAGACAUCUCUCCUCCAUGCCGCACUCCUCCUCCCUCAAAAAGCUUCAAAGAGAGAUCGCAGAAGAGGCAGUUGAAUCUCCCAUGGUGUUCCCAGAGCUUUUGCCUGACAGACAGCUCCCUCGUGCCCCCCGUGAGGAGGUGGUGACCACAGGUGACUUUUCCUCUGAGUUCAGCUCACCUCACAGUCCUCAGCUCAAGAGCACAGCACGAGACCAGUCCAGUCCACCAAAAGCACAGCCAGUCUUCUCCAGCUCUGAAUCUUCCCCACAGCCUGAGAAGAUAAGCCUCGAAGAUCUCACAGGGAUUUUGUCAGAGCCCGGCCACAUUCCAGAGCUUCUCCUGGACACUGCCGUCCCUCUCACCAAGGAGGCCCCUGAUGGCCCUGCUGUCCCCCGCCCACAGGACCUCCCAGAAGACCCUAGAAACUUGCAAGGCCAGGCGGAAGUCCCACAGGCUUCAGGUGAAUCUGCUAGGGAAGAAGGUGAAGAGGAUGAGGAGCAGAGGUGGGAGAGGGAGCGAAAAGAAAGACAAGAACAAAGGCAAAGGGAGCAAGAAGAAGCCAGAGAGAGAGAGCUCCAAGAACUUGAAAGGCUUGAGAAAGAGAUGCUUUUGCAAGAGGUGGAGCAACCAGGACAGGAAGAAGAAGAAAAAACAGGGAGUGAGAAAGAUGAAGAGCAGAAGCAUGAUAGGGAGGAUUCUAAAGAUGAAAAUCCACUGGAGAAAUACAUGAAAAUGGUCCUGGAGGCAAGAGAGAAGCAGCAUGCACAGAGCCCUGGAGGAGAAGAAGCAGGACAUACAAGCCCAGAGGCCAAGACUUUAUCUGAGGAAAAAGAAGACAGCAUCGCAGCAUAUUCACACAAAGAUGAAGAUGAUGAUUUCUGGUAAACUGGUUGUUCCAGACUGCAUUCAUGAAGUGAUGGAUUAUACAAGCCUCUCUAGUCUUUCACUGUUUUAAGUGUGAUGCAUUUAUUUGUUUAUAUUUUAAGAGUUUGCUACUCACUAUGUAUAUUUGACAUUUUUUUACAUUGACUGCAUAUGUAUGAAUAAAUCCUAUUGUACAAUUUUUACUGACUGUACACCAAAUAAAAUUUCUAUCAUGUGAAAGAAGAACAAACCAAAACUGGUAGAGGUUUGUUUUAUUUUAUUUUUUAUUUUCAUAAAAACAGUCAACAGGCCAGUUGAGUUAUGUCAUGAAGGGGUUUCCAGUCAGACAGGAUGCUGGAUUGUUGUCCUUCUGGUGAUUGAUAGGUAGCCUUUAUUCUUUAGUUUUUUGGUUCAUUUAACAGGGAACACAGCAUACAAAGAUGAAAUGUGACGUACCACAGCUUCAUGUACAUCUGUCACCUUUCAUCUCUGCCUCUGUCCACCUGUGGCUAUUAGUCAUGGGUAGAACAAUGCAGGUUUGGUGCUACAGCAUCUCAGAGAUACUGUGUAAAACACUGGGCACAGAGUCACAAUGGCAUUCAUACUUUGGCUAAAUUUAAGAUUGCCAUACAGUAAUACAUAUGACUGGUGUUGCGACUAACUGUUAUUUGAA